AUGACCAUCACAACCACGGGAGACAUCACGGCCAAGAUGCUCGACUCCGAGACACAACAUAAUGUGCCUCAACAACACCCAAAACCACCACCACCUCCACAACCGCCACAAGACCCUCCAGCAUCAAAUUACCCCCUCUCCUCCACAGAUGACGUCUCCUCAAGCUCCCUCUCCAAACCACCAGUUAACGAACCCUCUCGACAACAUGGCCGUCGCCACUCCUCCUCCUCCUCCUCCCUAUCCCACAACGCCUCCGGCUCAGCAAGCAGCACCUCCCUAUCCACAGGUCACAUCUCAGCCCUGCACCACCACCAAGACGAAAUAGUCUCCAUCGAAAACGCCACGCGCCUAUCGACAGUACAAACCCGCACAUCCACCUUCUCCUCGGCCUCCCACCCCCCAGACUACGAAGUCGUCUUCGGCCCUGACGACCCUGAAAACCCCAAGAACUGGCCUUUGUGGUACCGCUGCUGGACCAUCUUUGCGUGCUCGUACAGCACGUGGGUGGUUGUGCUUUACAGCUCAUCGUACACGGCCAUUGUCCCGGGGCUGAUGAAGGAGUAUCAUGUUACUAACCAGCCGGUGGCCACGCUGGGGCUGACGACGUACCUGUUUGGUCUGGCGUUUGGGUGUCUUGCGCUGGCACCGCUGAGCGAGCUCUAUGGACGCAGGCCGAUUUAUUUGGUUAGUUUGGGGGUGUUUGCGCUGCUGAUUUUGCCGUGCGCGAUGCCGAGUAGUUUGGCGGAGAUUAUUAUUGUGAGGUUCUUUGGCGCCCUUUUCGGAGCAGUAAUGGUCUCCAACUCUCCCGCCACGGUGGUCGAUAUCGCCCACCCGGACUACCUCGCGCUGUGCAUGGCCGUCACUUCCAUCGCGCCCCUCAACGGUCCCGUCACCGGUCCUUUAAUCGGGGGAUUCGCCUACCAAUACCUCGGUUUCCGAUGGGCCAACUGGAUCGUCCUGAUCCUUUCGGGCGCAGCAGUGAUCUUCAUGGCCACCAUCCGCGAGACCUACGCGCCCGCCAUCUUACGCGCCAAAGCCGCCCGCCUGCGCAAAGAGUCCGGCGACGAUCGGUACUGGUCGCGCUUCGACCAGAAAGUGUCCACCAUCCAGCUCCUCAAAACGAACCUCUCCCGUCCCUUCAUCCUAGCAGCCACGGAACCGAUCCUCUGGUUCUUCAACACGUGGAUCUCCCUCGUCUACGCCAUUUUAUAUCUCUGCUUCGUCGCCUACCCCAUAGUCUUCAAAGAACACCGCGGGUGGUCUACGGGGCAAGUCGGCCUGGCCUUUUUGGGGAUGGGGUGCGGCACCGUCGCCUCCAUUGUUUUGGAGCCCUUCUGGCGGAGCAUCAUUAACAAGCGCCACUCCAAGUACGACCCCGAAACUGGCCGUCCUGCCCCCGAAGCACAAGCGUACGUGAUGACCAUCGGCGCCAUCCUCACAGCCUUCGGCCAGCUAGCGUUCAGCUGGACUUGUCUUCCCAUAAAAAUUCACUGGAUAGUGCCCAUCAUUUUCGGUGUUCCCUUUGGCAUGGGCAAUACCAUUUCUUUUAUCUACGGGUCAAACUAUCUAGCGGGCGCGUACGGGUUGUACGCAGCUUCUGCUUUGGCGGCUAAUUCGUUUUUGCGAUCCGUGGCGGGCGGGGUUUUGCCAUUGGCGGGACCGAGCAUGUAUCGCAACUUGACGCCGCAGAUUGCUGGCACAAUUCUCGGUGUGCUGGAGGUGUUGUUGAUUCCCAUUCCCAUUGUCUUUUAUAAAUAUGGGGAGAGGAUUAGAGGGCGGAGUAAGGUUAUUAGGACUAUGAGAGAGGAACAGGCUAGGGAGGAUAAGAGACGGCUGAGGCAGGGGGAGAGGGUUAGGAGGAGGUGUGCUGGGGAGAAGGAUGAGGAGGAAGGUGUGGAGGGUGGGGUGAUAGGGAUGGAGACGGAAAGAGCGACGGCGACGGGUGAGGGGGAGGUUAGUGGUGAAGGAGUGGUUGUGCCUUCCUCUUUGGGGACUUCGGGGACGUUGGGGCAGGAGAAGACGGUGAAGAGCGGGAAGGGUGAUGAUGCUGUUUGA